GUUUGUGCCAAGAGCCAAGUUCGAAUUGUCUUCGACAAAAAUUUCUGGAGAGCCUUGACUCUUUACCUCUCGAGGAGCGAGAACCACUCUGGCUUUAUUUUGCGGGCGAUUCCACCGGCCGGCAGCUGUGCUCUGCCUUUCUGAAGGACGUGGCGAACAUCGACCUUGGCGACUUCCGUGAGUUCAAAAAAGUGACGAGCAAGUGCCCCAAAACCCCACCAUAUGACCAGCGUUUCAAGAGAUUUAUCGAUGCACAUGCAAGGCAAGCUGGUUUAAAGCUGCCAAAUUGGGAUCAUGUGGGGAAUCGGGCUUGCGACUGGAAUGUAAGCUUGGGCCAAAGACCGGUGCGUGUCACCUUUGACUUUCGCCGCUUUGUCAACGACCUCCCCAAUGAUUUACAUGUGCUGCAGAAGGUGGCAGAGGCAGGAAGAUGGCCUACAGCCUGGGUCGUGAUUGCUGGUGUGCAUGAUUGCAUGUUUCUCCGACGAAACGUGACGUUUCAGACUUCCGCCAUGGAGGCCUUCUUUCGCUUCCUAGAGCAGCACCCCAUCUUGAAGAGCCGCACGCUUCUCGUGGGCAUGCAGUACAUGGUCAAGGACAACGAGAUGGAGAAGGAGCACCCCAGGAGACGCCAACGCUUUCACAGUUAUUCUCCUUCGAAGUCUUUGUACAACUGUUCGCGGAGACUUCACACCAUUAUGCUGCAAUGGGCCCGUAAACAGGGCGUUUACAUGAUGCCACGCUGGGAAGUGACACGGAACUAUGCCGAGAAAGAAGGCUACGUGCUGCAUUAUCCUGAAUCAAUCAUUCAAAGCGAAUUGCCGUCACUGCUGACUGGUCUCUCUUGCAUUGCCAAAAGCAGGCAGCACGGUUUGACCUCCGCUUUGAUCACGGCGCCGUCAUACAGGGGCCAUCUGCUUCUCCUCUACUCCAUCAUGUCAAUUAUGUCUGUCGCAGCAGCAGUGUGUGCGCUAGUAUUCGUGCAACGUGGGAGGAUUUCUUGGUGUGCGAGAGCUUCAAGAUGCCAAUUUCACUGA